AUGGCGCUUCCCACUAACCCACCAAUCUAUACGCUGCCGGAGGAGUUGCUGUUGCAAAUCGUCUCCCACCUUCCCGACUCGGAUGCACCCAAAUCCCUCAAGCACCUAUGUCUUACAUCUCGCAAAUUUCGAGCGGCCGGGCAAGAAGUUCUGCACACUGUAGCGAAGCUGUCGAUUUCGUGUGGCUGCCACCCAAAGGUAAAUCCUCUUCUGAGACUGCUUCGUACGCUCUUCGACCGCCCAGAUCUAGCAAUCCAAGUGAAGACUCUACGCAUCAGAACUGUUCGCAAGGAUGUCGCGAAGCUGUGUGAAGAUCAAGGGUUCAGCCUCACGUCUUUGCGAACGCGAAGUUUAGCAAAGCUAGAGGAACUGGGGUACAUAAAGCAUCCUUGGUACAGAACCAUCCAAAACUCGAUCGAAUCUGGGUUUGCUGGAGUACUACUUGUACUCCUUCCAAAUCUCACCCACCUCGAGUUCUGGGUGAAAGACCAUCAUCGCGGCCCACCUUCAAGCGAGUGCAUCUCUGGGCUUUUUGGGGGCAUGUCCGCUCCUGACAGCAUCAUCAACUACUGGAGUACUCUUCGUCAUCUUACUACCAGCGAUACGCAUUUUUUCAAGUCCGGAAUCAACUUCGCUAGUCUCACAAGCCUCGAUCUAAAGACAAUCUUCAUCGGCACCAUUCUGCGUCUCAACGGACCUGGGUGUCUGCAGGGUGCUGAGAACCUUCAGGACCUAGCUUUGACUGUAUCGAUACAGUUCGCCGAUCGUCUCUUGAUUGAAAAGGCAGAGAUACAACUAGGUGACCUAUUCGAAGCACUCGGUUGCGUUCAGCUUCAAAGUCUCAAAAUACUGCUUAUUAACGACGGCUAUCAUAUCGGCGAUGACCUUAAUACGCAGCUCGAAGCAGGCUAUUUCAUGGACCAAUUGAACUACAUGCAAGAUGCUCUAGAGACACUUUCUAUCACGCUCGAAACGACCGACGAUGACUCAGAACUUGAGUGGCUGCUCGAUAUGGUAACAAGCCCGAAGAAUUCUCUUAAUCACUUCACCACCAUGAAACAUCUUGUCCUCCCGCAGGCGUUCAUCCUUGCCACCGGGUCUGCGCCUUGGACAAGCAAGUCUUGUCAACCGAAGGAUUUGCCACCUAGGCUAGAGACACUAGAGAUAUUCUAUCCCGGGGAAGAGGUUGAGGAUUGGGUAGCUGGCUUCGUAACAGAAAACACCGAUGAGGCCUCGUCUUUCGUGGCUCUCAAUGAGAUCACGUUGACUUGUCGUGACGAGGUUGGUACACCGGCCUCACACUUCUUUACGGAAGUCGACAAGAUCUGGUGGGAGCUAGCGACGAAUCAAGGGAUUAACACGUACACCUUCUGCCAGAUCCAAGAACAUAGAUCUAACUUGGCGGAGUUGUGGUACGAAGAAAGCCUGGCCACAGCUGAUAGUGAAGAAGAGCAGGAUGAGGAAGAGGGCGAACGGAACGAUGAAACCGAUGGCGAUGGGGCUGGCGAUGACGACGAGAUGUUCGGCAUUCCCUUUUGA